AGAUGUGAUCAUGUUUUUGUUCUCAAUUAUCUUGAGAAUUCAACUAUUUCAUUAAUUCAUUUGAAUGGAGACAGAGAGCCAAUACUGGUCACAGUUUUUUAAAAAUAGUGAGGUCCAGUGAUUGGUUACCAGUUCCCUGAAAUAAAGAGUGAGGUCUUUUAGAAAGCUAAAAAUACGACUCAAUGCACACAAGGUUGACUUAUGCUUUUUCAAUAAUUUCUCUAUUGCUUAAAGCCAAGUUCACAGGCAGUAACAGAAUUGUACAAGAACAACCCUUUUACUUGUUCCUUUUGGUUUAGUCAAACUUCACUACCAAUAAAAAAUGACCAAUGACCCAGACACCUUGCUCUUCUCCCAUCUGAACCAUAAAUGAAACAAAUGAUCUGGCCCAGUUUAUGUCUUUGGAUAUGGGAGGUAAACGAUACCCUAGAGGUUUUAUUCCUCUGGAAACUACUGCUGAAAGAUUAGAGGAGAAAUGAUCUUAUUGUCUUAAUCAAUCAAUCUGUAAGUUUUAGGGCAUGUACCUGUGAGUUUCCAGUUUAUAAGUGGAAAUUAUUCAUUUCCUGUCCUGUGUGAUUUAAUGUUACUAAUCCAAGAAUUUGGAAAGCUUUUUGCAGAAAUAGAAUGUGUUUUAUUGAUAAGAAUGUGUAGGACUCUAACCAAUUGCUGUAUUCAUAUCAUUGUGAUGAUAUGUUAUUCAAAUCAGGUACUCAGCAGGCGGAAACUACCCAUCAAGAUCCCAGGAAGCUCUGUUAGGGAUUCGGGUGCCCCUGCAGGUCAAUAAUAUUACAUAUCUCUGUCACUCUCUCCAGUGGUGACAUAUUUUUAAGUAGUCGGCAUCCCCCAUACAUGAUUCCUGCCACUUUUCAGGGACAUAAACAAUUUCCAUUUUGAAAUGUAUAACCAGAAUCCUGAUGAUUAGAGCUAAGCAGUGCAUUUAUCAGAACACACACACUGGCUUUGGACCAUUCAUGAAAUAGUAUUUCUUCUUAAAAGCAAAGAUCACCACCCAUGUUGUUAUUUCCUCUAUGAGAGUGUUUAAAUUAGAGCAAUAUUUUCACACUUCUUUUCAUUAUACUAUGUACACGUUCUAGAGGCCAGUCAGGGUUGGGAUCAUCUUGUAUUAUAUUUUAUAGGUUUAAAAUUUAAACCAUUGACAUUAUAUCCCAACUUACUGAAGACUUAUAGAUGUUGCACUAUUCUGGGUGCUGGGGGCUCUCAGCUGAACGUAGCUUCAGCACUUUGUUCUGGGUAUUGCAUGCCAAAAAAAGAAGCAACAAAAAGGCUCUGUGAAUAGGUGUUCUUUCCUUUGCGUAAUAAAGAGCAUUCUUCAAAACAGUGUGUUGGCUAGCCUGAAUUUUUCUGUGUAAAAAAGUCAAGUUUAGCCCUAUCAUCUGCUUUUAUGUCUGAACAGUUUUCCUUUGCUACACUUAGGUGCUUACAGCCGGUGGCAGUAGAGCUUUGUCCUGCCCACCACUCUGGUGGCUGCAGUGGGGAUCAUCACACUGCCCCAGAGUCUGCCCCCUGAUGCAGCUCAUUAGACCUUCAGCAGCUGCUCAAAUCCAUUAACAGUCACUUAAGCAGCAGGUUGAGGAGGCUGUGCUGCUAUGAGCUAAAAGUGGGGCUGUGAGCUGGGAAUGGGGAGGGCUCAGCUACCAGCACCUGGCAUAUAUAUUGUGUGAAAUUUGGGGGCAAUUUUUUUUAAUCGCAGAGAUAUUACUUGUUCGUUGUCACGUACAGUAGGUGGAAUGUGUUUUGCCACAACUUUUGCCAAAAAUGCUAUAUCAGGCUUAACGGUUCAUUUUGCCAGCAACUAUUGUAUAUGAAAUAUUUAGGUAAGGUAGAGUGCAUUCCAAAGUUGGUCAAGGUAUAUUCAUCCUUAAAUGUACUGAAAAAUGCCAUUCAAAUCUAUGUAUAUGUUUCUUAUUACUGUUUGAUCUCAGCUGAUAGUUGACUGUUCUUCAGUCCUGGAAACAUCCCUCUAUGUUCUAAAAAGCAAAGAAAAGUAAAUAGAAGCCGGCAGACCAGAUGCAGCUUAAAACAUACAAAUUAUUCCAGGACAUGAGCUGCUCUAAGACUCUAUUUUAAGAUCCAGUACUUUUUUUAUUUGUUUCAACAAGAGGGUUAGAGGAUAGAAAAUGCUUUAUUGAUGGAAAGUGGGAGCUGUCACACCCCCCACCUCCUCUACUCAGCAAAACUAAAAAAGAAAGCAAGCCCAUUCAAUUCCCAGCCAGAUCUUUAAAUCAUUAACAUCAAAUGGGAAGACAUUAUUUCUAAGCGAGAUGCAAAACCUUCGUAUCACUAAGUUUUUCACGAUUUCCCACUUUGACUUGUGUACGUGUCUUUAAUUCAGAUUUUUGAGGAAUCACCUUCAAAUGGGUUUCCACACAUUAAAAAGAAGAAGGAAAACCACCUGGGAUGAGAAACCGGCAUCUCCUCUAUCUAAAUACGGGGUCCUGUUAACUGCCUCUCGGUGGCUAACCGGGAAUUAUAUUGUGUGCAGUUUUCAUUUCAUGAUUCCAAACACAGCCAACUACAUCUAAACCAGUAAUUAUUAAAUUAUCCAUGUUAUCAAAGAGGAUGCAAACGCGGCUAGCAGAAUUGGCCGUACGAUUGUCUCCCAGGUCAUCACUCAGUGAUAAAGGGAAAAUUAGGCUAAGGAAGCUCCGGCAGCCAGGCGCUUUCCCCAGCCAUGAAGCUGCGCCCCACACAGUUAGUUGUCAGCGCGGUGGUGACGGCCACACCUGGCAGCGGCCACAGUGCCUCUCCUGUGAGCAAGGGCUGUGGCUCAGCCUCAGGAGCUGCUCUGUGCAGCAGCGGCGGUGGCAGCAGAGGGAGCCGAGGCGCUCCGGGCAGAGGAGGCUGGGGGAUCGCGUUGUCGGUGCUGCAUUCCCAAAAGCAGCGGCGCGGCCGGCGCCUUGUGAAGUUCCCGGCACGCACUCAGCCGCGCUGCUCCUCACCCUCAAUUGUUGAUGAGCCUUGGCGCUCGACAACGCACGGGAGACAACCCAUUUUGCUUUCUUAGAGAUAGGGAUGAGAAAUGAGCUGCCGAAGGAAUUUGGCAAGGAGGAGAGCGAAAGGCAGUUUGAUGCCAGCAGCUAAGUUGUAAAAUUGCUUUUGAGGCUGCUGCCCCGGGAGCACGAUAGAAUUGAUAAGAACAGACACCGUUGCAGACCGAAGGCAUGCCUGAUUGCACUUGAGUUGGAUCGCGGGGACGCAGCCUCCUCUCCUGCUCUAACUAUUUGUGGCUAACUAAAGGAAAGGAGACUAGAAACCCAGUCGCAAGUGGUGUACCUGAAAGGAAAACACAGACACUCCAAAAGGAGGGGAGGAACAGCCCAGCUGGUGUGUACAUUUUUUUUAAAGGAGAAUCCCUCAGCGAUCCAGAGCACUGACUUGGGCUAUACAACAAAAUGAGGAAAUCAGUUGUUUCAAAAUUCCACAUAUUACUGUAAUAACAACACUAUCAAAAUAUGACACUACAUGAAGUUAUGUGGAAAUGAGAGAGACUCGUGAAACCCCUUCUCCAAGAGAGAAUGUCUUUCAUAAAUGGAGCUUGGCUUCUGGUUUUCACAGGACAUUGACACUGUGGCAGAGCUACGCCUACCCUUCCUGCUAUUUUCAAUGAUUCACAGAACAUCUGAACAGUGAUGCUUGCCUUGGAUUUACAGAUUUCCAUCCUGAUACCUUGUUUACUUCUUUGGGGCAGAAAAGCUUGCUUUAAUUGCUCUCCAUGGUGGCUAAUCUUUUCAAGAGCCUGAUUUUACCUUACAUACACAAGCUUUGCAAAGGAAUGUUUACAAAGAAAUUGGGAAAUACAACCAAAAAAAAAGAGAAUCGUCAGCAGAAAAGGGAUGAAGACUUUCCUACUGCUGGCCUGACCAAAACCCCCAAACUUUCUAAUACCUUGAAAAGCACAGUAAAGAAAAUUGCAAAGUGUUCGUCCACUCGCAACUUAUCCACUGAAGAAGACGAGGCUAACAAAGAAUUUUCCCUCUCACCAACAUUCAGUUACCGAGUAGCUAUUGCCAAUGGACUACAAAAAAAUAUUAAUGUAAGCAACAAUGAUAAUGAACAUCUGCCUCAAGAGUUAUCUUCAAUUGAGAGUUCCUACUCAGAAUCACUCAAUGAACUAAGGAGUAGUGCGGAAAACCAGGCACAGUUAACACACACAAUGCCAGUCAGACGCAAUAGAAAGAGUUCAAGCAGCCUGGCACCUUCUGAGGGCAGCUCUGAUGGGGAACGCACUCUACAUAGCUUAAAACUAGGAGCUUUACGCAAACUAAGGAAAUGGAAAAAGAGUCAAGAGUGCGUCUCUUCAGAUUCCGAGUUGAGCACAAUGAAGAAAACCUGGGGAAUAAGAAGCAAAUCUUUGGACAGAACUGCCCGAAACCCAAAGACAAAUGCUCUGGAGCCAGGAUUCAGUUCCUCUGGCUGUAUUAGCCAAACACAUGAUGUCAUGGAAAUGAUCUUUAAGGAACUUCAGGGAAUAAGUCAGAUCGAAACAGAGCUUUCUGAACUACGAGGGCAUGUCAAUGCUCUUAAGCAUUCCAUCGAUGAGAUCUCCAGCAGUGUAGAGGUUGUACAAAGUGAAAUUGAACAGCUACGUACAGGGUUUGUCCAGUCUCGGAGGGAAACCAGAGACAUCCAUGAUUAUAUUAAACACUUAGGUCAUAUGGGUAGCAAGGCAAGCCUGAGAUUUUUAAAUGUGCCUGAAGAAAGAUUUGAAUACGUUGAAAGUGCAGUGUACCAAAUUCUAAUAGAUAAAAUGGGUUUUACAGAUGCACCAAAUGCUACUAAAAUUGAAUUUGCUCAGAGGAUAGGACACCAAAGGGACUGCCCAAAUGCAAAGCCUCGACCCAUACUUGUGUACUUUGAAACCCCUCAGCAAAGGGAUUCGGUUUUAAAAAAAUCGUAUAAACUCAAAGGAACAGGUAUUGGUAUCUCAACAGACAUUCUUACUCAUGAUAUCAGAGAAAGAAAAGAGAGAGGGAUACCAUCCUCCCAGACAUAUGAGAGCAUGGAUAUAAAGCUGUCUACUCCAGAACCCAAAAUCAAGAAAAACAAUUGGCAGUCACCCAAUGACAGUGAUGGAGAGCUGGAAUCUGACCUCAACAGAAACAGUUAUGCUGUGCUUUCCAAGUCAGAGUUUCCAACAAAGGGAAGUGCUUCCAAGUCAAGUUCAAAAUCGCACAAUGCCAGAGCCAAGAAUAAAACUGCUAGUAGCAGCAGAAUCUCGAGUAAAUCAGAUUAUGAUAAAAUUUCUUCACAAUUGCCAGAAUCGGGUAACUUGGAACGACAAAUCACAACCCAUUAUGCAGAUGAAACGACCCUCUGGCAUUCACAGAGUGAUUUUUUCACUGCUAAACUUAGUCGUUCUGAAUCAGAUUUUUCCAAAUUGUGUCACUCUUACUCAGAGGAUUUUUCAGAAAAUCAGUUUUUCUCUAGAACUAAUGGAAGCUCCCUCCUGUCAUCUUCAGACCAGGAACUUUGGCAGAGGAAACAGGAGGGCACACCUACCUUGUAUGACAGUCCUCAGGAUCAAGGUUUGAAUGAGGUUGUUCAGGGUGUCCAAGGGCAGAGUAAAAUUGAGAACACAGAAACUGUGGAUAGCGGAAUGAGUAAUGGCAUGGUAUGUGCAUCUGGAGACCAAAGUCAUUACAGUGAUUCUCAGCUCUCUUUACAUGAGGAUCUUUCUCCAUGGAAGGAAUGGAAUCAAGAAGAGCAAGGAACUGAUUUAGGUUUAGAUUCAUCCACCCAGGAAGCUUUCUACUAUGACACAAACAGUCUAUCUGAUCAACAACUAGAUGUUUACAAUAAAGACCUAGAAGACUUGGGAAAGUACCACAGUGACCUUCAGGAUGACUCUGAGAGCUAUGAUUUAACCCAAGAUGACAAUUCAUCUCCAUGCCCUGGGUUGGAUAAUGAACCACAAGGCCAAUGGGCUGGCCAAUAUGAUUCUUAUCAUGAGGCUAAUUCUAAUGAGUUGUACCAAAAUCAAAACCAGUUGUCUAUGAUGUAUCGAAGUCAAAGUGAAUUGCAAAGUGAUGAUUCGGAGGAAGCCCCACCGAAAUCUUGGCAUAGUCGGUUAAGCAUUGACCUUUCUGAUAAGACUUUCAGCUUCCCAAAAUUUGGAUCUACACUGCAGAGAGCUAAAUCAGCCUUGGAAGUAGUAUGGAACAAAAGCACACAGAGUCUCAGUGGGUAUGAGGACAGUGGCUCUUCCUUAAUGGGGAGAUUUCGGACAUUGUCCCAAUCAACUGCAAAUGAAUCAAGUACCACCCUUGACUCUGAUGUCUACACAGAGCCUUAUUACUACAAAGCAGAGGAUGAGGGGGACUACAGUGAACCAGUGGCUGAUAACGAAACAGAUUAUGUUGAAGUGAUGGAACAAGUCCUUGCUAAGCUAGAAAACAGGACUAGUACUACUGAAACAGAUGAACAAAUGCAGAAAUAUGAUCGCCUUUCAUAUGAAACACCUUAUGAAACCCCACAAGAUGAGGGUCAUGAUGGGCAGGCAGAUGAAGUGACUAGUGAAGGGGGCUUAGAACCCUUAAAUGAGACACCAGCUGAAAUGGAAAUAAAAGAAGAUGAAAACCAAAACAUCCCUGAACAGCCUGUGGAAAUCACAAAGCCAAAGAGAAUCCGUCCCUCUUUCAAAGAAGCAGCUUUAAAAGCCUAUAAGAAGCAAAUGGCAGAAUUGGAAGAGAAGAUCCUGGCUGGAGAUAGCAGUUCUGUGGAUGAAAAGGCUCGAAUAGUAGGUGGCAAUGAUUUGGAUGCUUCCAAAUUCUCUGCACUUCAGGCAUUUGGUGGGGCUGGGCGGGGACUUUAUGGGAUCGACAGUAUGCCAGAUCUCCGCAGGAAGAAGACUUUGCCUAUUGUACGAGAUGUGACUCUGGCUGCCCGGAAAUCUGGACUCUCCCUGGCUAUGGUGAUUAGGACAUCACUAAAUAAUGAGGAACUGAAAAUACAUGUCUUCAAGAAGACCUUGCAGGCUUUGAUCUACCCCAUGUCCUCCACCACCCCACACAAUUUUGAGGUCUGGACGGCUACAACACCUACCUACUGUUACGAGUGUGAAGGGCUCCUGUGGGGCAUUGCCCGGCAAGGCAUGAAGUGUCUGGAGUGUGGAGUGAAAUGCCACGAAAAGUGUCAGGACCUCCUGAACGCUGACUGUUUGCAGAGAGCAGCAGAAAAGAGCUCUAAGCAUGGUGCUGAAGACAAGACUCAGACCAUUAUUACAGCCAUGAAAGAAAGAAUGAAGAUCAGGGAGAAAAACAGGCCAGAGGUGUUUGAAGUAAUUCAGGAAAUGUUUCAGAUUUCUAAAGAAGAUUUUGUGCAGUACACAAAGGCGGCCAAACAGAGUGUGCUGGAUGGGACAUCUAAGUGGUCAGCAAAAAUAACUAUUACAGUGGUUUCUGCACAAGGCUUGCAGGCAAAAGACAAAACAGGGUCGAGUGACCCAUAUGUGACAGUUCAAGUUGGAAAGAACAAAAGAAGGACUAAAACCAUUUUCGGAAACUUGAAUCCAGUAUGGGAUGAGAAGUUUUAUUUUGAGUGCCAUAACUCCACAGAUCGAAUCAAAGUCAGAGUCUGGGAUGAAGAUGAUGACAUUAAGUCCAGAGUCAAGCAACAUUUCAAAAAGGAGUCAGAUGAUUUUCUGGGACAAACAAUUGUAGAAGUGAGGACCUUGAGUGGAGAAAUGGAUGUCUGGUACAACUUAGAGAAACGGACAGAUAAGUCAGCUGUAUCUGGGGCCAUUCGAUUGAAAAUCAAUGUGGAAAUAAAAGGAGAGGAGAAGGUUGCUCCAUAUCAUAUACAAUAUACAUGUUUACAUGAGAAUCUGUUCCAUUACUUGACUGAAGUGAAAUCUAAUGGUGGAGUGAAAAUCCCAGAGGUCAAAGGGGAUGAAGCCUGGAAGGUUUUCUUUGAUGAUGCUUCCCAAGAAAUAGUUGAUGAAUUUGCCAUGCGUUAUGGGAUUGAAUCCAUUUAUCAAGCUAUGACGCACUUUUCAUGUUUGUCUUCUAAAUACAUGUGCCCUGGUGUCCCUGCUGUCAUGAGCACCUUGCUGGCGAAUAUAAAUGCUUUCUAUGCUCACACAACAGUUUCAACAAAUGUACAAGUUUCUGCCUCAGAUCGAUUUGCCGCUACCAACUUUGGUAGGGAAAAAUUCAUAAAACUGCUGGACCAGUUGCAUAACUCUUUAAGGAUUGACCUGUCAAAGUAUAGGGAAAACUUUCCUGCCAGCAAUGCCGAAAGACUGCAGGACCUGAAGUCAACGGUUGACCUUCUAACAAGUAUCACCUUUUUUAGGAUGAAGGUUCUGGAGCUACAAAGCCCACCAAAGGCCAGCUUGGUGGUGAAGGACUGUGUCAGGGCUUGCCUGGAUUCUACAUACAAGUAUAUUUUCGACAAUUGCCAUGAACUCUAUUUCCAGCUGAUAGACCCGAGUAAGAAACAGGACAUUCCUCGGGAAGAUCAGGGACCAACCACCAAGAAUUUGGAUUUUUGGCCCCAACUUAUUACACUGAUGGUCACUAUUAUUGAUGAGGACAAAACUGCCUACACACCUGUCCUGAAUCAGUUUCCUCAAGAACUGAACAUGGGAAAAAUAAGUGCUGAAAUUAUGUGGACCCUUUUUGCUCAGGAUAUGAAAUAUGCACUAGAAGAACAUGAAAAGCAGCGGUUAUGCAAGAGCACCGAUUAUAUGAAUUUGCAUUUCAAAGUGAAAUGGUUUUAUAAUGAAUAUAUGCGAGAACUUCCUGCCUUCAAGGAUGCUGUUCCUGAAUACUCCUUGUGGUUUGAACCUUUUGUCAUGCAGUGGCUAGAUGAAAAUGAAGAUGUGUCAAUGGAGUUCCUUCAUGGAGCACUGGGAAGGGACAAAAAAGAUGGAUUCCAGCAGACAUCUGAUCAUGCCCUCUUCUCUUGUUCCGUGGUUGAUGUCUUUGCUCAGCUUAAUCAGAGCUUUGAGAUUAUUAAGAAACUGGAAUGCCCUAAUCCUGAAGCAUUAUCUCACUUAAUGAGAAGAUUUGCAAAGACUAUCAAUAAAGUACUGCUUCAGUAUGCUGCAAUUGUAUCUAGUGAUUUCAGUUCAUAUUGUCAUAAGGAAAACGUGCCCUGUAUAUUGAUGAACAAUAUUCAACAAUUGCGAGUCCAGCUGGAAAAAAUGUUUGAAUCUAUGGGAGGAAAAGAGCUAGAUCCUGAAGCUAGCACUAUUCUAAAAGAACUUCAAGUUAAACUCAAUGGGGUUCUGGAUGAGCUCAGCGUCACUUAUGGUGAAAGUGUCCAGCUGAUCAUUGAAGAGUGCAUAAAACAGAUGAGUUUUGAACUAAAUCAAAUGAGAACAAAUGGAAAUACCACAUCUAAUAAGAACAGUGCAGCAAUGGAUGCAGAGAUUGUAUUAAGACCUCUCAUGGACUUCUUAGACAAAACAUUAAGUCUCUCAGCAAAAAUCUGUGAGAAAACAGUCCUGAAGCGAGUUUUGAAAGAGCUAUGGAAGCUAGUCCUUAACAAAAUAGAAAAGCAGAUUGUUCUCCCUCCUCUGACAGAUCAAACAGGACCCCAGAUGAUUUUCAUCGCAGCUAAAGAUCUUGGACAAUUAUCUAAACUGAAGGAGCACAUGAUUCGAGAAGAUGCCAAGGGUCUGACACCAAGACAGUGCGCUAUAAUGGAGGUGGUCCUGGCUACCAUCAAGCAAUACUUUCAUGCAGGAGGAAGUGGCCUGAAGAAGAAUUUCCUGGAGAAAAGCCCAGAUCUUCAGUCUCUGAGAUAUGCUCUCAGUCUUUAUACCCAAACUACUGAUGCCUUGAUAAAGAAAUUCAUAGACACUCAAACCUCACAGAGUCGCUCCUCCAAAGAUUCAGUGGGUCAGAUAUCUGUUCAUGUGGACAUCAUCCCCACCCCAGGAACUGGAGAGCAUAAAGUCACUGUAAAAGUGAUUGCUAUUAAUGACCUACACUGGCAGACCACUGCAAUGUUCCGCCCCUUUGUGGAAGUUUGUAUACUGGGACCCAACCUUGGAGAUAAGAAGAGAAAACAAGGCACAAAGACAAAAAGCAACACCUGGUCACCAAAGUACAAUGAAACAUUUCAGUUCAUUCUGGCUAAUGGAAACCACCCAGGGGCAUAUGAACUUCAUCUCUCAGUUAAGGAUUACUGCUUUGCCCGAGAAGAUCGAAUUAUCGGAAUGACGGUAAUUCAACUACAGAACAUAGCGGAAAAGGGAAGCCAUGGGGCAUGGUAUCCCCUUUUGAAAAAUGUCUCUAUGGAUGAAACUGGUUUGACUAUCCUUAGAAUACUCUCUCAGAGGACCAGCGAUGAUGUGGCUAAAGAAUUUGUAAGACUUAAGUCUGAAACAAGAUCUGCUGAAGAGAGUGCUUGAAACAAAUACUGCAAGAUUUCAUCUUUGAGCAUUCGUAAACUUUAACUGUUUGACUACUGCAUGCAUGUGCAAAUACAUGGGAAUGUUUAUUUCACUAUGUUUCAGUGUUUGCCAGUACUCAAUGUCUGCAAGGUAUGUGAAAAACCUGCUGAACUUUUAUACCAAUUCUGGUCUUUGGGAAAUAAAUGUUCCAUGAAGUGCCAAAAUUAUGAUGCAAAGUGAAAUAUCUAGACUAUAUUUUAAAAUGUUUAUUUCAUUUCAUUACCCAUUUCUCACCUGUUAAACAUACUAAAA